AGUCGCGUUCUUAAGUCUCGCAGAUAGUUCCUAAGCCAGGAGUGAAAAAUGGGGCUGGGACUAGUUCUAGGACGGGCGUGGGGGUACGCUGGGCUGCACCAUGACGUCUUUGCACUUACACACCCCGCUUUCCAGCGCCGCAUCUGAGCAAGGGGUGGUGCUGUCGCGUACGUGACGUCAUCUCGAGGCGCCGCGCGCGUCUAGAGGGAGCCUCGGUCUCUCGCGGUGUGGGGAACCGCGCCGCGAUGCUGCAGUUAGUCCGUGCCGGGGCGCGAGCCUGGUUUCGUCCCUGGGGCUGCCGGGGUCUGACCUCACUGGCGGAAGAGGCAGCGCGGCCGGCGGAGAGCUCAGAGCCGGCGGCGAGUACGGGUCUCCCGGAGCCUGUACUGCGCAAGUGCGAACUCCCGGUCACCGCGCACCGGCGGCCGGUGCAGGCCUGGAUCGAGUCCCUGCGGGGCUACGAGCAAGAGCGCGUGGGCCUGGCCGAGCUGCACCCCGAUGUUUUCGCCACAGCGCCCAGGCUGGAUGUCCUGCACCAGGUUGCCACGUGGCAAAAGAACUUCAAAAGAAUUAGCUAUGCCAAGACCAAGACGAGGGCGGAGGUGCGGGGUGGUGGUCGGAAGCCCUGGCCACAGAAAGGCAGUGGGCGAGCCCGGCAUGGCAGCAUCCGUUCCCCCAUCUGGCGAGGAGGUGGCGUUGCUCAUGGCCCUCGUGGCCCCAAAAGUUACUACUACAUGCUGCCCAUGAAAGUGCGGGUGCUGGGCCUCAAGGUGGCCUUGACUGUGAAACUGACCCAGGAUGACUUGCACAUUGUGGACUCCCUGCAGCUGCCCACAGCAGACCCCGAGUACCUGAUGGAGCUGGCCCGCUACCGCCGCUGGGGAGAUUCAGUGCUCCUGGUGGACUUGAUCCACGAGGAGAUGCCCCAGAACAUCGUGGAGGCCACCUCCAAGCUCAAGACUUUCAACCUGGUCCCUGCUGUCGGCCUGAACGUGUACAGCAUGCUCAAGCACCAAACCCUGGUCCUCACGCUGCCCACUGUCGCCUUCCUGGAGGAGAAGCUGCUCUGGCAGGAUUCACGCUACACGCCACUCUACCCCUUCCGCCUGCCCUACAGCGACUUCCCCUGACAGCCCAGUGAGCCAGGCUGAGCCUUGUCCACCCUGUACAGAGGCGCUGGGGGACCCUGCAUCCCACCGAGGGAACUGAGGUCCCUGCAGCCACAGCCCUCACCCCUGAGGUACAGCUGCGGAGAGCCCAGACCACUUCCUGCCCCAGCUUGCAGUGACUUUUUCAGCAGGAGUUGUGAACAGAUCCAUUUGUCAUGCUGGCUUCACUGGAUAGCCCCUCUGCUCAAGGCCUUGCAGCCUGCUUUCAUGACAACCUCAGGACUGUUCAUGGAAAUUGCCAGAACUAACAGCCCAGCUGAAUCAGACCCACAAGCUUGUGGGCCUCCUGGCUCAUUGUCCCCUGAGUUCUCAACUCAAACUCAGGAAUCCCGGUUCUUGUCGUCUCCUGAUGAGAGGGCAAAUAAACAUUUUUAGACACCAA